UUAGAUAUGAUGUGUCGUGUUUAUUUCAUUUUCUUACUUCUUAGUUAUGUGCAUUGUAAGAUUGCACCAGCAACCAUAUCGGAAACAUUACUCAAAUACGAACAAUAUAUAAAAUCAUCCCACGACCUCGACAAGAGUGACAAAGUUCUUCUGAAGAGCUGGGCCAUGGAAAAUCAGGUGUUCCUGGUCAAUGUGACGUCACAUUAUAGACUGGAUAUGACCAGGCAUAAGGAACACAGCUUUAACACUAAUGUGUGGCUCGAUUGCCUAUCCCUACACGAGAAGGAAAUAAGGAAAUCGGAAAGUACGUACUAUGAGAGUGAAAAGGAAUGUCUCAAAGUAGCCAGUGUUGCUGAUAAUGCUGAAAGGAAAGCUGUUCAUCAGGUUGCUAAGGAGAUAAAAAAAUGGCGGAAAAGCUACAGAUAUUUGGCUAAUCAGUGUCACCAGGAUAAUCCGGGGAAUGAAGAGGCUGUUGGAUUGUGUUUAGUCGAAUAUAUGCAGCGAGACAACUUCGACAUAGCUUUUCAACGGCUAAUCAAUUUGAAACAUAAAGCGAUGGGCGAUUUGUACCUUAAAAUGGUGUAUGCUUCGUUCAGUUUGGAAGAGUGUUUAAAAUCAUCUUUAUCUCAAUAUCUAAAUACAGUUAGAAGUAUUAUGGAUAACUUGAAUAUAUGUUAUGAUAUGAAGAAUAAAAAUAGUGCAAAAUAUUUAGUGUUUUAUUGCUUUUCCUUCUUCUUAGGGCCGAUUUUACAAUUUUGGUUGAAAAUUAUCCGUCCACUAAAAUAUUAG